GUGCAAAGAAGAGCAUGUCUACGGAUAGACAGGAAUAACCGUCGUUUCUGGGGAUUUCCUUAACAAUUCUGACAUUUCACCAUAAUCCCCAUUCACCAUGUAUGGUGAGUGGAGCCAACGUAGUUCAGCGGAACAACCAAAAUACAGAGACUGAAGCUUUUGGUCUAGUCUACGGGGGGUUCCAUGGACAAUUGGCUUCGUAAAACAAAAGAACAGUUCUAUGAAAGACCCUUUCAUGCAAACAGGCCCCUGGAUUAAACAUUUGGCUUGCCAUACACACACGAUCAUGGCACACGCCCACUUCGGACAGCAGUCAGGUAGACUAGUCAAACUUCAAAGUACUAAUUUAUUGUUUUUCAGGCAUCAAGAAAUCUCAUUUCAAUUACAAUUGAACUCUGCAUGAAUGAUAGAUAUUAAGAACUAUGAAUGUGAGGUCUGUAGACACAAAACUUGGUAUCGAUUUAGGUACAACCUCUGUCAAAUUGUCGCUGAUCAAUGGCACAAGCCGCGAGGUAUUGUUUGCCGUCGCACGUCCCACAGCGGCCAGGACUGUCGGCGUGGAGAGCCCACCGUUGUCUGAUGAACAGGACGUCAAGAAAAUUUUCAUCACUAUUCAAGCAUGUCUACACGAUCUAGCACAGUUUUAUUCCGCAUGCGAUGCUACUUACAAAUUGAAGGCAGUCGGUGUAACAGGGCAGAUGCACGGAAUUGUUUUUUGGAGAUCUGACUUGACAAUCGAUGACAUUGUGAAAGAAAAAGAUGAUGGAAUUGAGAGCCGGGAGAAUUUCAGUAAUCUGUUUACCUGGCAAGAUGGAAGAUGCACUCCUGGAUUUCUAGCUGAACUACCAUCCCCUGAUUCACACCUCAGGUUAGCUACAGGUCAUGGUUGUGCUACUGCUUUCUGGCUCCAGAGAAACAACUCACAUUUUGUGCAGAGAUUUGAUCGAGCUGGAUCAAUCAUGGAUAUGUUUGUGACAUUGAUAUGCGGGAUAGAGACUCCUAUUAUGUCAACACAGAAUGCAGCAAGCUGGGGUUAUUUCAACUGCAAAUCAAAUACAUGGAAUUCUCAAAAACUGUCACGUGCUGGGUUUCCUGUUCAUCUCCUUCCUGAAGUAAGAGCUCCUGGUAGUAUUGCAGGUCAAAUCAAGAGAUGUAGUUGGUGUGAUGGCGUCUUACCAGAAGGUGUUGAUGUAGGAGUUGGGAUGGGAGACCUUCCAUGUAACAUGCUACCAGUCUUACAGACACCAACUCAUGGAGUGAUAAGCAUCAGUACAUCUGCUCAGAUUGUUACUAGCACUCCACCUGGUUUCACUCCACCGCCAUCGGAUGGCUCAUCCCCCAUUGAGUACUUCCCAUUCUUUGACAGGAAGUUCCUCUCUGUAGCUGCUUCACUAACAGGAGGUAAUGUCCUUGCCCACCUGGUGACUACACUCCAGGAGUGGCUGAGUGCUUUAGAUUUACCCCAAGCAUCCGAUAGAGAUAGAUUAUUCUUAAUGAUGAUUGACUCAGGUUUGAAAUGCAAGGAUACCACUCUUGUGGUUGAUCCUGUCCUUGGAGGAGAACGGCAUCAGCCAAACAGAAGGGGUUCGGUGUCCAACAUUGGGUUUGAGAACCUAUCUCUUGGUGAUAUCUUCAGGGCCACUUGCAGAGGUAUUGCAAAGAACCUCAGCAGAAUGUGCCCUGCAGAAGAGAUGGUUAACAAGGGAGUGACACAGGUUGUUGGAUGUGGCAGUGCCCUGCUUCGUGACCCGGUACUCAAGGAAGAGCUCGAGAAAGCAUUUCAGAGUUUGCCAUUCGUGUAUAGUGAUAAGGGUGAUGCAUCGUUAGGAGCAGCAUUAGCAAUGUGUACAGAUUAAAUCAGUUAAUACACUGCUUUUUCAUCACUUCUACUUUUUACUGGUGAUGUUUCACAUUGUUGGAAAAUUAGUUAUCUUGGUGGAGCAUGAAGGUAAAGAGAAUGGAGUGACAACGAUAUGCAAAUUGUUUCCAUUCUCUAAAGAAGUACAAAAGAAUACACAGGUGCACUGUAGGCUUUGGUGGCGACCUAUGAUGCCGCCAAUUUCAUGCGAACACUGAAAAGUGAUUUAUGUUGAAAAUAGAUAACUGGGAUAUUUCCAUUUUUAUUUGAGCACGAAACAUAGAUACAUGUAUUGAACACAUGAGGAAAUAUACAUCAAAGGCUUAUUGUGUCGUGAUAUUGGGCAAAAUAUUGAAUGAUACCAUGUUUAAAAUGUAAUAAAACCUAAUAAUUUGAUGUUUUUAAAAUCAACAAAAAAAUCCCACAAACUUCCACACUAUAAAAAUAUUAUGAUCAGUUGGAAUAUAUUAAUUUGUGAUGCUAUGUGUCAGAACUGUGGCCAAAUGCGGCCAGUAGAGUAAUUUGAAAUCAUAUUUCAAGAAAUAUUGCUACAUUUAUUUUUGCUAUCCCCUUUACAAAAGUGAGCAAUGUGUCUGCUCAUAUUAUCCAACCACAGGCAGCAUGAAGUAAUUAUCAUUACAAAAUCAUGUUUCCUUUUGUAAUUCACCUGUAAGUCUGUAGUUAGGCAGGAAUUUUUUUGUCUAUAAUCUGCAAAAAAUAUGCAAUGAAACACAUGUGUAACAUACAUUAUUUUAUCAUUGCGGCAUCAAAGUGGUUAUCAAGGGAAAGUGUUGGAUGGUUGUCCAUGUCUUAAAACUCAUUGGGUGGAGAGCAUUUGAUAUGCUAUGUAUUGGAUUAUGCAACUUCAACCAGUUGGCUGUAUGAAAUUUUGGGUCACAGAACAAUGGCAUUUUCAAUGAACAUUCAAUCUUAUGACUAAUACCAUUUUAUUCAAUUCUCCCUUGUGAAAGCCUGUUUCUAUGUAAUACCUCAUGGUAGAUCCUUCUGGGAUGGGAUGGGGGGUUGAAAACUUGCUAUAUAUGAUUAUUUAACACCCAUCAAGUCUAAUGUCAUACACAGGUGACUCUGCCUAAGUCAAAUCUCUUCAGAUCACAGAAAUAUAUCUAACUUUAAAGGGGAAUAAAACUUUUGGAACAAGUGGGCUUGUGUGGAAAGAGAAAAAUCAAAAGAAUAAGAUCAAAGAAAGUUUGAGAAAAAUCAGACAAAUAAUGAUAAAGUUAUGAGCAUUUGAAUAUUGCGAUCACUAAUGCUAUGGAGAUCCUCCCAUUGGCAAUGCGACAAAGAUGUGUGAUAUCACAUGCGAACAACUUCCCUAUGAUGGACUAUAAAAUUCCCCCAAAAUGUCUCUUUUAAUAUGGAAGGUUGAUUUGUGCAGAGUCUACUAUAGUAAUUUACUGUGUUCUAUGUAAUCCUACAGGUUGUGGCCACAUUCCGAUAGUCAUGAAACAUACCAAAUUAAAGAUCAAGCAGAUAAAGAUGUUGAGUUAAUGAAACUGGAAACAACAUUUAUAGCAUUCACAAACAUGUUCAAUUUGCAGACAAGAGAAGGUAGAAAGCAGGCUAGUUCCUAGCUCAUGAUAUAAUUGGAUGAGUGUAAUAAUACCUAAGUGAAAUAUUGUAUGAUCGUGACAUUUCAGGAUGAAAUGUAAAAGAAAAAUAAUGUUUAAUUGAAUUAAAUUGAAUUGAAAAUGCAAGUAAUCACAUAAACCCAUAUUCUGAACUCAUGCUUAAUUGAUACUCAAGUUGUAUUUUUAAUUUUAACCAUUGACACCAAAUUCAGUAAUAGCUGUCUGGGUAUGAUAAAUAGGAUAGUUUCCUUCACAAUAAAAGCAUGCAGAAAGAACAUGGUACAAAUUGAAAUCAAAAUGUUGGAAUUUAUGGCUUAUAAUAAUUGUAGCAAUUUUAGACCAUGGCUUAAAGGGGAAUCCAGCCUUGGCCAUUAAAUGUUGUAUUGGGAAGGAGAAAAAUAAAUUAAACAGAAUGGUGAAAGUUUGAAAGAAAUCGGACAAGCAAUAAGAAAGUUAUAGCUGCUUUAAAAUUGAGAUCACUAAUACUAUGUAGAUUUCAAAUUGGCAACUGGGUAAGUAAAUUAUGACAAGGGGCAAGGACUUUCCCAUAGGCCAUGUACUUUAUUAUCAGGGAUUUAUGGUUUUCUCUUAAGUACCCAUUUCCCUGGGGCAGUAAUAUAAAUAUAACCCAGGUAGUAUAUUGUUUUAUGUCCUUAUGAAAGAAAAAUAUAAUUUGAAAUAAAACUUUUUGGAAAAAUUACACUUUAGCCAUAAUAUGUAUUGGAGUAGUACUCAGUACAUGGAAGAGUAGUCCUUGCCUUACAUCACUAUGACAUCCCAUAUGCGGCCAAUUUGAAGUCUCCAUGGGUAUAGUGAUUACCAAUAUUUACAACUUUUAAAAAUUCAUAACUUUCCUGUUGUUUGUCCUUUAUUGUUCAAACUUUCACCUAUCAACUUGUCUGAUUUUUAUUUUCCCUAUAAAAACAAGUUUUUAUUUGGGUUGGAUUUCCCUUUAAGUUUAACUGCAGGUUUCAACUUGAUUUACCUUUAUUCAAGACAACUUCAAGAUAUAUCUGAUAUUAUAGUGAACUGGUAAUUCCAAUACAUUGAAGAGGAUACUACCAGGAAAUGUCGUUCUUGUUUGGUGGUGGAGAAAUGUUUCAUAAAACUGUUUGUGAAGUUGUGUAUGACUUUGCAAGCUACUUGGAGAUGAAGUGCUAGAAAGUGAGCCACAAGUUCUUCACAAGCAAACUUUAUCUGUACUUCAACUACUUUCAUUUACAUCAAGGCAAAAAGCAUACUUUAUAAAUUUGUUUUGAUAGUGUUUAUCUAUAUUUGCAAAUUUUAACCUCAGUUCUUUGUGUGAUUAGGACUAACUAUUGGCUAGUUAUAUAACAUGUUGUUCAUAAGGUUGUGCACAACUUUCCAAGCAGCUUAAUGAAAUGGCCGCCAGGUAUUGUGAACUUUCUCAAAGGAUUGAUUUAAAAAGGAAAUGAUUGUAAAAUGAAAUGCAUUGCACAAAAUGGACGCGUUUUUGUUUGGCAAACAAUUCACUAGAAUCUAGAAUAACUGUACCAAACCUGAGUAAAGUUGAAAAGUAAUUGUCAAAUUUCUACAGACUGCAAUAAAGCUGUUGUGAAAGCCCAGACAAUAUUUGUCAAUCUGUCAUCUUUCUCCAGAAAACAUAGUGUUCUUUCAAGGCAACAAAAGGGCAAAAUAAAACAGAAACGUAGAACUGAAAAUCCAAUUGUAUAAUCGGAUGUUAACUGUCAAAUUAACCAAAUCAACCUUUUUUAAAUUUUUGCACUGUUUUGAAAGAAAGUAUACUUAUGUCUAUAUCAAUAUGAAUCUAUAUUAAUAGAGUGAUUUAGUAUUUGAUUAAAUAACAAUUAUUUUUCAAUGUUAUGAUGCAAAAAUGUAGUGCAUGGCCGAGUUCUUCAUGGAAUGUGUUAAAUCAUCCUUACAAUUCCAACUUUUGAUCCACGUUCGUGAAAAAUAUUGCAGGAUGUCUUAUAAAAUGGUAAAGAAAAAGUUGAUUUUUUUAGUUAUAAUAGCAUCAGCUCUCUCUUUCUCUUGCAUGCACAUCACUAUUUUAGCCAGGAAAUACAAAACUAAUAAAAUAAUCUUUACAUUUUUUAUUUACUUUUACAAAUUUUUUUGUGAUAUUUUUUUAUAGAGACUGUUUCUGAAAACAACUGGGCAUGAAAUACCCUUAAGUCCAUGCUAACAAAAGGGUGACUUACAUGAAUUGAAGGAGAAAUAUCAUGCAAGCAUAACACUCAAAACAUAAUCAUAAUCGAUAUAAAAUAGGAACGUUAUGACAUUUUAAAAUUUCACGUAAUUACCUGUAGCUAUAUGCACAUUCUGGUCGUUAUAGGAGUGAGAAACACCAGAUAUGACUUCUAGUCAUUUUUUCUAAUGCGUUUUGCUUUAUGAAAUAUGAAAUAUAUUUUCUCAUUUAAUCAAAAACAGUUUUAUACCUCUUUAAAAUGUGGCAUCGCUAUUUUUGUACCCUAUUGCGAUUCAAUGACAAGUAUCCCUUUUGUCAAAUCUGCCAAAAAUGUGAAAUAUUGUAU